UCCUUAUUUUGGAAGAAAGGGAGCCGUUUUUCUUUUUCGUCGUCCUCUGUCUCUCUGUCUCUCUCUCUCUCGAUGUUGCGAUGUUGAAGAAACCUCACGGUGGGGUUGAGGCUGUGUUCGGUUUUCAGCUUAUUCGCACUUCCAGGUAUGUAGGGGUCUUGUUUGUUCGUCUUCUUCAAAAUCCUUUAGCGUCGGUCAACAUUCUCCGAUCGAGUUGGUUCAUUUGAAUCUGAUUUGAGCUUAUCGAGUCGAGUGAACGGUUUGGCCAGCCUUAAUCAAGUUGAGCUCGAGCCAGUAGAUAUGGUUCGUGUCAACUCGAUCACAGCUACGAGCUGACCAAAUCUGAAUCGAGUUGCGCCGAAGGCCCAGUGUUCUGCGCCGACUGAGUCAAUCUCGGCUUUCAUCGACUUCCAAUCAGCUUCUCUCUCUCUCUCUCUCUCUCUCUCUGAACCAUGGAUAAGCCCUCUGGUUCAGGCGAAGGCGUCCACAUCCUGCUCUUCCCAUACCCAGCACAGGGCCACAUGCUAGCGAUGCUGGACCUGGCCCACCACCUCGUCCUCCGCGGCCUCGCCGUGACCAUCCUUGUCACCCCCAAGAACCUCCCCAGUCUCCGCCCUCUCCUCGCCGCCCACUCUUCCAUCGGCACCCUUGUCCUCCCCUUCCCCCACCACCCUUCCCUCGCCCCCGACGUCGAAAACGUCCGCGAACUAGGCAACGCCGGCAACGUCCCCAUGACGAAUGCUCUCGGCAAGCUUCACGCCCCAAUUCUCCAGUGGUUCAGGUCCCACCCGUCUCCCCCGGCGGUCAUCAUCUCCGAUUUCUUCCUCGGCUGGACUUACCACCUCGCCCAGGAACUGGGUAUUCCCAGAAUUGCCUUCUACUCCGCCUCCGCUUUCUUGGCCUGUAUGCUCAAUUUUCUCUGGCCGAACGUCGCUUCCGUCCGCUCUUUAUCUGCCGUCGAUUUUCCUGAUCUGCCCAGAUCGCCGAGUUUCGCUAAGGAGCAUCUUCCUUCCAUAUUCCGGCUAUACAGGGAACAGGACCCCGAGCUCGAGUUCGUCAAGAAUGGCAUGGUCGCAAAUAUGUCGAGUUGGGGGUGCGUUUUUAACACUUUUCGUGGGCUUGAGGGUGAGAAUCUGGAUCAUUUGAGGAAGACAGUGGCCCACGGCCGGGUUUGGGGGGUCGGGCCGCUGAAUUUGGGGGCUGAGAUUGAGCGUCCAGGUCAUGUCGAGAUCAUGUCAUGGCUUGACGAGUGCCCCGACGAGUCCGUUUUAUACGCCUGCUUCGGAAGCCAGAAGUUGAUGAAAAGGGACCAAAUGGAGGCCUUGGCCUCUGGGCUGGAGAGAAGCCGGAUCCGAUUCAUUUGGGUCGUCAAGCCCAUCACGGCCCAACAAGCUGAAAAUGGAUACGGGUCGGUACCCCAGGGGUUCGAGGAUCGGGUAUCGGAGAGGGGGAGGGUGAUAAGGGGGUGGGCCCCACAGGUGGCGAUUCUGAGCCACCGAGCCGUGGGCGGGUUUCUGAGUCACUGCGGGUGGAACUCGGUGCUGGAGGCGGUGGCGGGUGGGGUGAUGAUACUGGGUUGGCCCAUGGAGGCGGACCAGUUUGUGAAUGCAAAGCUUGUGGUGGAGUACUUGGGAGCGGGGGUCCGGGUCUGUGAGGGAGCGGACACGGUGCCGGACCCGGACGAGUUGGCGGGUGCUAUCGCCGAGUCAAUGAGUGGAGGCGGCAAAAUGCAGAAGAAGAGAGCGAAGGAGCUGAGAGAGGAGGCAGUUGAGGCGGUGAGGGAAGGCGGAAGGUCGUGGUUGGAAUUGGAGGAUUUUGUGAGGGAGGUGGCCAAACUUUAAAAAAGAAAAAUGACUGACUACAAAUUAUUCGAACUACUUCUCUUUCUUCUUCUUUUUUUUUAAUAUCAGAACUUGCCUCUUACUAUUUUUAGUUUUAGAGGAUCAGUUGAUGAUAUGAGGAUCAGUUGAUGAUAUGAGGAUCACACACAUGUAUUGUUAUCAUUAUGCAAGAAUUCUUCAUUCAUUCAUUCAUUUUGCUUCAACUAUAAUAAUAAUAUGAUUAUUAGUAUACACCUAUCUAUCACUUUUAUAAUUCUGUUUUGAUCAUCAACCACUUUUGCUUAAUCCUCUAAUCUUUCCCAUUUUCCUUGCAAUUGUGUGUAAUUUUGACAUACAAAAAAGCUUCCUCAACUUUCUUAUGGAAUUGGGACUUAUGCAAAGAAAAACCUUCUUAUUUACCUCUUCACUCUAAACUGACUAGCGAACUUUACUUUACUCUUAUUAUUGAGUCUACUAUUCUGUUUCUCGAAACAUAUUACUAAAUUGAGAACUGGGAGAAUUCUUUUUUCUUAUUAAAGAAAAAAUUGUAAUACCCUUAAAUUUACCCCC